AGUAGUGGAACUAGUUCCAGUGGUUAGCAUGCGGCUAAAGCCCGAAGGCGUCUGUGGGAGCCGAACGCCUCGCUAAGUUCCCUCAUUGGAUAUUUUACAUGAACAAGACACGCCUUUCCAUCGGCAUCAGCGCGGAGGGUCGUGGGAACCUGCACGUUAUCCCUCGUUGUUUUGUUUGGACUGAAACGAGUCUGUUCUUUUUUGUCAGACGGAGUGUUCAGUGUGUUCACAUGCUGACGGCCCUCCUCCAGGGUGAUGUGAGACAUGGGCUCUGAAAAUCCGGUGGACUUUGAGGUGGUGGCCGCGAUGCACGAGGACCACCAAGAAAUCGGAGGCUUGAUCAACUCGGACGGGGAGGAGGUGGACUUCUCUGACUUCAGAGAGAAUUCCCUCUCUGGAUUUGACGCUGGUGAGACUCCAUUGAAUACAAGCGGCGAGAGUGAAAAGGAGAAGGCUCCAGUCAUUCACACUUGCUCAGUGUGUGGGAAAGACUUCCCCUACGCUUCCAAACUGCAGCGUCAUCUGCGCACCCACUCCGGAGAAAGACCCUUCCCCUGCUCCAUGUGCGACAAAAGAUUCCCCGAGAAGGGGCUUCUCAUGAUCCACGAGCGAGUCCACACUGGGGAGAAACCAUUCCCAUGCACUUUCUGUGAAAAGCGGUUCGCCAGCCAGGGUGAGCUGCGGCUCCAUCGUCGAACACACACUGGUGAACGACCGUACCACUGCACUCUCUGUCUGAAGAGCUUCUCCCGGCACUGGCAUCUGAAGACACACCUGGAGGCCAUGCACUCUGAGAUUGUUGAAGGAUUUAUCCGAAAAAAGUUUCCCUGUUCGGACUGCGAUAAGAGCUGCAACUCUGCCGCGGAGCUGCGGGAUCACCAGAGGACUCACACGGGAGAGAGACCGUACCAGUGCUCUUACUGCGACAAAAGUUUCGCCUUGUCUGGAACCCUGGUGCGACACGAACGCCUCCACACGGGCAUCACGCCCUAUCACUGUUUAGAGUGUGGAAAGACGUUUGCGCAGCAGUGGACCCUGACGACGCACAUGAGAAGCCACAGAGGGGAAAAACCAUACAGCUGCACUGAGUGCGACAAAGCCUUUGUGGCUCCCGGCGAGCUCCGGCGUCACAGCAGGGUCCACACGGGCGAGAAACCGUACAAAUGCAAAGACUGUGGAAAGCACUUUUCCUUAGCAGGAACUCUGAGAAACCAUAAAAAAACAUGUCCGGAGAACCCAUGCGCGUCUGUGGAACCCACGCCAGCCCAUAGUGACGAUAUGACCAUAGUGGCGGAUAAAACGUCCAAGCAUGAGGACGCGGCCGGCAUGAAGAUGUUGAACAGUCAGACCGAAGUCCAGGCGUCGCCUCCUGAUGACCCUGAAUGUGACCAACCCACCGAGCACGAGCACCGGUCAGAGAGGUCCGACGAUGGAGUGGAGAGCAGAACGUCCCACCAGCACUCGAAUGUAACAGUGAAGGAGGAGGAGGAGGAAGAGCCUCUGAUCGCACAAGACGCACUGUCUGAUGCGAAUCCUGAAGAAGAAUGUAACUUGCCUGUGGACGGCAGGGAGCAACUCCCAAUGGCCUUGAAAGCGGAUCCUCAGGGGCGUGAGGAGGAGGAGGAGGAGUCACAGGAGAAUGUGCCUGAAGAAAACGGGACGUUGGACAAAAGUCCUCCCGCGUCUCCAGUCAAGGUGCAGAGCAGGAACACGCCGACCAAAACCUCCUACUGCUGCGGCCUGUGCGGCAGAGACUGUCACAAGAUGUCGGCGCUGCAGAUCCACAUGCGCAUCCACUCUGGGGAGAAGCCGUACCAGUGCUCCAUGUGCGGGAAGCAGUUCACGCAGAAGGGACAGCUGAAGGGUCACCUGAAGGUCCACACUGGUGAGAAGCCCUUCUCCUGCCCCGACUGCGGGAAGAGCUUCGCCCACUCGGGAGCCAUGAACCGCCAUCGCCUCACGCACACGGGUGAGCGGCCGUACCAGUGCGCCGUCUGCCAGCGCAGCUUCAACCAGUCGGGCCGCCUCCGGGAGCACGAGAAGAUCCACCUGGGCGAGAAGUUUGACUGUCCCGAGUGCAGCAAAAGCUUCACCCGCGCCUCCAGCCUCAAGAACCACUUCAGGCUGCACACGGGCGAGAGGCCGUACGGCUGCAGCGUUUGUGGGCGGGGCUUCACUCGCUCGCAAAGUCUGCGGCUGCACAAACGCAAGCACCAGCUGAAGCAGGCGGAGGAGGAGUCGGAGGUGAGUGGGAGGAAGGACAGCGUGUCUCAGAGCGACGACGACGACUCCCCGCUGGACAUGACCACGUCGGAGCGCAGCGACUCCUAGCCUGUCGAUGUAGCAGCGGCCGGGCGCCAUUUGUUCAUUCAAUACGAACCGUGGCUAGUGUCUUAUGAAGUAAGCACUGGAAGAACGCGCUGCCAAACAGAGUUUCACGGCAGUGCAGCGACCCUUGUGAAUGUUUCACUGCGUUGUGAUGUGGUGAGUGCUCACGUGACUGAAGCUCCAAAACCUCUAAUAUUAGUCCGACAUGUUUCGUCAGCACCAAGUCAGAAUUACAAAUGAAUUUUAAUUCAUUUUCCUUACCCUCAUUGUUCUAUUUAUAUUACCUACAUUUUCAUUUGUUUUGUUUUCGUCUUAUUUUUAUUAUUUGAAUUUUACACCUCCCACCGACUGAAGUUUCACAUCUUGUAUUCGCAGCUGCAGCUAUGAUAACCAACUACAGCAAAGCACGUCAUGGGUUCAAAUCCCAGUCAGUUAGUCACCAUGUUCACUGUAAGUUGCUUUAGCCGUUUUGUCUUGUUUUACUACAUUUAUUUAUCUUUGUCUUCCUCCGUUUUCUGCCUUGGAAUUUACUUUUUUAUUCCCUAUAUACUGAGAAGUGUGUCUGACUUCAUUCUACGUUUUUACUUUUAGUAGUAUUGUUUUAUUUAUUUAUUUAUUUUCUGUCCACUGCACCUAAUAAUCCAUGCCAACACAGUUCUCCGACACACACUGCUUUUCAUCCUCUUGUUUUUUCCAUGAAAGCUCCUGUCACGCCGACUGCAGCGAGCAUCACUUCAACACACCGGUGUUUCUCGACCGUAGAUUCUCAAGCCAGACUCUUGAAACACUUCAGUAUUGAGUGAACAAAUGAGCGCUCGAGCUGCGAUGAAGAAAGGGUAAAUAUCUACCUCUGUGAAACCAAUUGUGGUUGAGCCUGAAAAAAAAAAAGAAGUGUCCUGAGCAGGUUUUAGCCAUUUAGUCUGACAUUUUUAGAGCAAAAGUAUUGGAACUCCAGUGACUCAUGUAAAGCUCGUAUAAUCCUGUAUUACAUGAUGGUAGCGUCAUAAUGAAGCUCCUGUAGUAUUUAUUAUCUCCUCAUGCAGUAUUCGUCCUUGGUGCGUAUCGUGAAGUCGUUCUAGUGAGGACCUUCUGCGGCUGUAGAUGUUGACCCAGAAUGGAACAUGAGAUUGUCGACGGUCGAUUCUCGCCCAGUGCUGCCUUCGUCUGAUGGUAUUAGACGUGUCGACCAAUAAAAGUAAGCUACUGAAGAGUGUGUGAGUGAGUCUCAUGUCAGCAGUGGAUGUGAUCAUACGUUAUUUGUGUCUGUUUCCAGCUGGGUUUUACCCAACAUUCUAGCUUUGUACAUUUUUUUUAAUUCUCAUAUUAAUAUUUCCCGUUUCAUAUUGCUGUUCAUUUAGGUAAAAAUCUUUAUUUUUAUUUUACUGGCCCGGAAGUUUAAACCGUGGUCCGUGGUGUACGUCAUCUAUUAACGCCUUUUUUUGUUAUAAAUAAUGGAUCACGACUCAACAUAA